AUGUGCGAUUUCAGUGAAUACGGCGGCCCCUCGGAGGAAUGGCUCGCCGUGGAAAAGACACUCCCGGUUCCGUUUUUUGACUUUGGUGCUGAUCCAAAAAGUGCCAGAACCGUUGUGAACGGCGGCCGUGAGGAUGCAUCCGCAAAACUGAUGGAGAGACUCGGGCCACAUGUACGCAUGACGGAUCAUUCCAUUCCAACGCGUGACGGAUCCACAAUCGAGGCUCGGAGUUACCGUGCAGUGUCCAAGUCAGAGGACGACAUAUUGCCAGCAUAUCUAUACUUCCAUGGUGGCGGAUUCAUUUUCGGUACGCUGAACAGCGAAGAUGCAGCGUGUGCCAAUACUGCUAUCAAUACCGGAGCAGUGGUCGUCAACGUCAAUUACCGCCACACCCCUGAACAUAUCUUCCCCACGGCGUGGAACGACGCACAGGAUGCUUUCAUCUGGCUGCACAAGAACACCGACAAGCUCAAAAUCGAUCGAUCGAAAGUUGUUGUAGGCGGUAUAAGUGCAGGCGGUCAGCUUACUGCUUCGCUAGUAUUGGAAAAGCAUCUUGGGAAGAACGAGGCGUUGAAUGGGCUACCUGCGAUCGCUGCACAAGUCCUCAUCAUUCCGGCUCUAGCCCAUCACGAAACAUACGCUGAGGGACCAAUGAAAAUGAUGAAGAGCCCCGAGAUUUCCUCGAUUGUAGAGAACGAGAACGCUCCGAUUCUGCCAAUGAAGGCUUGCCGAAUAUUCACGUCACUCCUCAAAAUUCCCCAGGUCGAAUUGAAGGACACGAAAACUAACAUACUCACUGCAGCAACGUCGGACGAUGUCAAAGGAUUGCCGCCUACUAUGUUCGGGAUCGCUGGUCUAGACCCACUACGAGACGAGGCGCUUUUGUACGCCAAGCUGUUGUCUGAAGCGGGCGUACCGACUGAAGUCAGACUGUUUAAGGGUGUACCACACGGAUUCCGAAGGUUUGGAGCUGCAUUGAAAGCCUCUGCUCAGUGGGACAGGGCUGUCGAAGAUGGCAUUGCGUGGUCGCUCAAGAAGCCAGCUGCAACCGGCAAAUUUGACAUCAAAGUAGUGUGA